AUGGAAUUCGUCAAGGGAAUCGCUAUCGGCGCCAUAGGCACUUCUAUGAAGGAAGGAGUCGCCGACUCCUUUAUUGGCGUCGUUGUGUUCAUCGUCUUGGUCGUUCGCUGGGCUGGGAGGGUGGUGAGGUUGUGGUGGGCUUCAGCCGGUGAAGGGGACGCCACCAGCCAGCGAGAUGACGAGCGGCCGGGUGCCGGUGAGGGUCGGGCCCCUGGGCUCGAACUCUCCCAGUUCUUCGGCCGUCUUGUGAUCUCGCUGGCAGAGAGGGUGGAGAGGAGCCCAGGGGCGGAGCCAGCGAGUUUGCGACCGGUGGUGGUGACGGUGAUGGGGAGGACUAAACCCCCUCCGGCUCCGGCUCCGGCUCCGGCCGUGGACGUGGAAGCGCCCGCGGUCGAGGUGGGGGACCCGGAUCCCACGCCGGAUCCCGCGCCGGAGGCCACGCCGGAUGACGCGCUGGUGGAGGCCGCGGCAAAGGUGGUGGCGGCCGCGGCAAAGGUGGUGGCGGCCGCCGCAAAAUUUCGCGCCGUGAAGGUGGCAGUGGCGGCGGCGUUGGGGGUCGCCUUUGAGGCGGGGGUGCCAGAUCCCGUGCUGGCGGCCGCGAAGAAAGCCGCGGUGACGGCGGCGGACGAGGCGGUGGCGGCGAUGCUUUCUUAA